AUGGCAAGGACUAAAAGACAGAAGAUUAAUGGAAAUACACUUGUUGAUCAACCCGAGGAUAUAGUUGAAAAUCAGAUUCACAUUGAGGAACCUAAUUCUACAAAUGAAGAAAAUGCAGAUGAAAAUUCACAAAGAAAAACUAGAGGGCCAACAUAUAUGACAGAAAUAUGGGGUAAACCUAGUAGUUGUCAUCGGUACAAAGUUAGAUUUGAUAAGGAUAGUGAGCCUGUUGGUAAGAACAAGUCCAAAUUUGCUGAGUUCUUAGGAACAAUAGCAAGAAAUGGAAAGUAUGCUCCUAUAGACGUGACAGAUUGGCGUGAAAUGACAACUGAUAAGAAGCAAGACAUGCUUGUACUAGUGAAGGAAAAAUUUCGUCUUCCUCCAGGUGCAGAUUUCUGGACUUUGAAAUCUAUUGGCAAAAAAUGGAGAAAUUGGAAAUCAGCUUUAAAGGCAAAAUAUUACAAUCCAAAUGAAUCCAUUGAGAGUCAAAUUAACAAUAGGGAUCAACGGAUCUUGAAAGAUCAGUGGAGAAAUCUUCUGGCUUAUUGGAGCUUAGAGGAAACAAAGAUGAAAAAAUUAGGUCAUCUUCCAUCACGAGUUGACAUGUUCGAACACUGUUAUACUGACUCAAAUGGAAACCCGGGAAAUGAUGACGUUGCAACUACAUUGGUGACUUUGAAAGAAAAAGUUAGCCAACUUCCUCCUGGUUCUAAUGAUGAUGUUGGUCGUGAUGAUACAUUCGCCCAAGUAUUUAGGGAAGAUAAGAAUGGACGUGUGCGCAUGUAUGGUCUAGGUGUGACACCAUCAGACAAAUGGGGUAAUGCACCUAGUCGCAGCACUUGUCAGCGUAUUGUUAUGGAGCAAAAGGCAGCAAUUUCUAAGAUGGAAGAAAAAUUUGCUGAACAAGAUCAGCAGCUUAAAGACCAAGCCAAAGAACUUACAGAGCUCAAAGCAAUGGAAGGUGAUUGGGUGGAUAUUGUCAGUUUGCUUGAUCCAACAAAAUAUCUAGCUAUUGGUUGCCUCCAAGGAAUUGAUCCUUCUAAAGUUGUUGGCGGACAAUCAUUAGGACCAUGUUGGUGUGAAAUACUAGUACAAAUUGUGGUGGAACGCAGCGAACAAUUGAUUAGGCCUUAUGGGCUCUUGCAGACAAUUGAAGAUGCACUUGGUGCACCGAUUGCUUGGCCACUGAAAUUGGUUUUAAAUUUGAAAGACAACAACUUAACUGGCCACAUACCUCGCUGUUUUAACAACUUUACAGCAACGACAUUGACAGAAUUGGACUCUAUAGGUAUUUACGUUCUGAAUUCAAGUUAUUUUGUAGUUGACGACAGUGAAGAACUCUCACUUUUCAUCAAAGGUGGAAUGUUGAACUACACAUCAAGCAAUGUGCCAUAUGUUAGAUUCAUGGGGCUCUCGGGAAAUAAACUAAGUGGGGAAAUACCUAUCGAGUUAAUGUCUCUUGUUGGAUUGCAGGGUUUGGAUUUAUCUAGAAACCAUCUAAGUGGAAGAAUCCCAGAAAACAUUGGGAACUUGAACCAACUUGAGUCUCUAGAUUUAUCCAAAAUGACCUUUCUGGUCCAAUUCCUCAAAGUUUGUCGGAACUUAAAUCUCUGGGCUGGCUGA